UACUACCUUCAUCACCCUCCAUCCCUUCCUUCCCUCUCUGCAACUUAAAAAAAAGCUCUUGAACUAGUUUCUGCUAAAAUGCGCCCUGUGCGUGUCAAAAACUGAAAGUAAAAGUUAGAUCUUCACUACCUAAAAUUGAAAUAAAAUGUCGAAUUGGAUCUCUUCGAAGCUCAAGGUUGCGGAAACCUUCUUUGAACAAAUCGACCAGCAAGCGGCAGAGUCGUUGAAGAAGAAUGAAAGGUCACUUGGAUCUGAGGAUGAAAAAUUCAAUGUCCCUACAAAAACAGGAUUAGGAGGAGAUAAAACAGUGCCGUUGAAGGAUCAGUUGAAGAAAAAGAAAUCAACUUUAGAAACAAGAAUAAAUAGUAGUCAUGCUGAAUAUUUUGGAAAAUUGAAUACUGAUCCUACUCUUAACAAUGUUAUUAAUGAUAAUAAUAAUAAUAAUAAUAAUAAUAAUAAUAAUAAUAAUAAUAAUAAUGAUAGUGUUAUUGUUAGUACUAAUGGAGGGGAUAAAGAUAUUGCAAAUGUGUCAAAACCUUCACCAAAGCCUAAAUCUACGCUUACUGAUAGUGAUUGGACUGAGCUACUUAGUACUCCUACUCAAGUUGCAUCAUCAAACCGUAGUGAUGGGUCGUCUACGAUUCGUGGGUUUAGGAAGGAUGUUAGAAAGCAGGGGAGUUCUGGUUCCACGUCGAAUUUAAUGAAUAAUGUAAAGAAUAGUGGAGGUGUUAUCAAGUCUAAGAAAAGAUUGGAUGUUGCAUUAGGAAAUAAGAAGUUGAAUGGGAAACCAAGUGAUGAGGAUGAGUACUCUAGCUCGUCUGCAAGGUCUUCCAGUGCUGAGUUGCAGACUGAGGGUAAGGUUUUGGAUAAGGAAGAGCUGAACCAUAAGGACAUUGGUGUUAAUCUCAUAGAAGAAGGGAGUGACAAGGUAAUUGAAUCAAAGGAUGUCUUUGAGGAGGAUCCUUUGCAAAUGGGAAAUAAGAGUCGUCCUUUAGAAAUGUCAUCAUUAGUCUCAAAGAAAGCUUGUGAGGUAUCUGACAUGAAGAAGGGAGUCGGCAAUGUUUAUGAUAGACUGAGAAGAACCGUAAAGGAGAAGCAUCAGUCUGUUGCUGCUCCUAGAAGUUCUAUCUCUGAUGAUAUGAAGAAAGGUCCUUCAACAAGUGAGGGAGAGUCUGAUUCAGACAGCGGUUCAGUUUCAACAUCUGAUUCUGAUAGUGAAAGAGAGAAGGAGAUGAGAGAGAAGAUUUUGGCUGAGAAAGCAGCGGCUAAAGCUGUGGAAGCUAUCAAAGAGCGGGAGAAUAUGGUUGCCAGAUUAGAAGGGGAGAAACAAAGCUUGGAGAAAAUACUUGAAGAACGAGCAAAACAGCAAGCACAGGAGGCUUCGGAUCUGCAGACAACCAUGAUGGAAACAAUGGAUGCUGUUGAAUUGGAAAAGCAGAAACAUAAAAAUACUAGAAUGGAAGCCCUUGCUCGCUUGGCUAAACUGGAGACUGCAAAUGCUGAUCUUGCAAGAUCCUUUGCUACUGCACAGAAGAAUCUUGAAAUGGAGAAUAAUCGGGUUGCAGAACUUCGACAACAAUUUGAGUUGAAAGAAGUCACCAGUGAAGAACUCAGGAGGAAGAUAUUCAAGACUCACCAUACUGGAAGAUAUCGAAACCAAAUUGCAGCUUCAAAAGGAGUUGAAUUCGAACGAGAGAUACUUGAAGCAGAGUACUCUUUUUUAACUGAUAAAAUUGCUGUCUUGGAAGAUAAGGCAAAGAAGCUGGAAGAGGAUAUUGAAAUGACAAGGAAGGAUAUAGAAGAUCCAACAGAAGUAGAAAUUGAGCUUAAGCGAAGGCUUGCUCAACUGACCGACCAUUUAAUUCAGAAACAAGCCCAGGUCGAGGCACUGUCCUCAGAGAAGGCAACUCUUUUAUUCAGAAUUGAGGCUGUUUCAAGGUUGCUUGACGAAAACGCAUCAAAUUCAAGAGAUCUGGAAUCAGGAACAUGGGAGAGGUCUGAUUCAAAGUUGAGGCCUCUAUUUGAGGACAAAAUUCGUUCAGGAAGGAAACACUUGGGAUCAUUACUGAAGCAGUUGGAUGUAAUUUUCAUGGCUGGUGCAUUGUUUGUUAGGAGAAAUCCAGCAGCAAAAUUGUGGUCCCUGGUUUACCUUGUAUGCCUCCACUUUUGGGUCAUUUACAUUUUUUCGUCACAUUCACGAGUGUCAAAUAUGGGCGGAUCUGGUGCUGUUAUUUCUUUGGAAAACAUCAACCAGACUGCAGGUGUAUAGUUUAUGCUUAUGGCUUCUUUUUUUCUGUUUUUCUUUUUUCGCCCCCAAUUCCUUUUUGCCUCAGCUUUUAGGAUGGUUGUAUGACAGUGGGGUGUAAUGUGCAGAAUUCCCCUAAUACCCAAUAAGACACUGGAUUAGUAUAGGUCUGUAAUUAUCUAUAUUUAACCUAAAAAAGUAAUAUGAAUGAUGCAAAUUUGUUAUUGUUUCAAAAGAA